AUGCCAGAAAGAGAAGAUGCUCCUUUGCAAGACAAUCCCCCUAACACAAUACUGCAUGUUUCUUAGUGGAGAUUUCUGGGAACAAUGAGAGUUCAAUUCAAGGCUGAUGCCAUUUGCACACUCGUCCUCGUGGUCGUCCUUUUCACCAUGCUCUAUUCUCAACUGGGCCACAUUUCCCUUAGAGAAGAAAAGGUGAAAGGUCAGAAGCCACCAUUAGCGGCGACUCGUAGGGUCUUCCACGUUCCCAGUGCCCUCCAGAAACAGACUGCAGUGGAGAAGGCCAAAAUGAUUUCUUCAAUGAAACCUGGCGAGGGCGGAAGCCAAGAUGCCAUGGUCCCUACUCCGCCUCUCUUGACACAGUCUGCUUUUGAUUUUAAGCGUUACCUGAGGAACAAAGACAACCGGAAGUUUGACCUUCUCAUUAACCAGCCAAAGAAAUGCAAGAGGAACCCAGGGGGCCCCUUCUUGCUCAUUGCCAUAAAGUCACUGGUAGAGGAAUUUGACCGCCGGGAGAUUGUACGGAAAACUUGGGGAAGAGAAGGGCCAGUCAAUGGGGCGCAGGUGCAAAGGGUUUUCCUCCUGGGGGUCCCAAAGAACAAAACAGCACUGCCAGCGUGGGAGAGUCUUGUUCAUCAGGAGAGCCAGAUGUAUCGAGACAUCUUGUUGUGGGACUUCCUCGACACUUUCUUCAAUUUGACCUUGAAGGAGAUAAAUUUCCUAAACUGGGCUCGUGAGUUUUGUUUCAGUACUAAGUUCAUAUUCAAAGGCGAUGCCGACGUCUUCGUCAAUGUGGAAAACAUUGUCAACUUCCUGGAGAGGCGUGAUCCAUCCGAUGACCUAUUUGUUGGGGACAUCAUCUAUAAUGCCCACCCCAUCCGAACCCGCAAGAGCAAAUACUACAUUCCAGAGACAAUGUAUGGGCUCAGCAUGUAUCCAGCCUAUGCUGGGGGUGGUGGGUUCUUACUUUCCAGCAGCACCAUGAAGAAACUCUCUCAGGCUUGUGGGGAGGUAGAACUCUUUCCUAUAGAUGAUGUCUUCCUAGGCAUGUGCUUACAAAGAAUCAACCUGAAGCCCACCUUGCACGAAGGGUUCAAGACUUUUGGAAUAACCAAGCCCUCUGCUGCUCCGAACUUGCAGACGUUUGAUCCUUGUUUUUACAAAGAUCUCAUGGUAGUCCACAGCCUGAAGGGAGCUGAAAUCUGGCUAAUGUGGAACCUGCUACACAACCCAAGGCUCUCUUGCACCCAAAAGAAGCAUGUAAAGAAGGCUUUCCGGUGGAAAAUUAAAACUAAAGAGCCUACCAAAGAUUAUACGACCUAAGGAUUGACUUAUAUGAGUGAAUGAACAUCACACAGGCCUAGCACUGCUGAUGCGACUUGCACAUCAUCCAACAAUGCUUGAAACCUACAGUGUUUUAGGCGGAGAUAUCAAGUGAUGGAAAUGCUUGUUUAAGCCAACCCUAAUGUCUGCAGUUGUGUUAGUGGGGAAAAUAUAUGGAGUGGAAUCCAAUGUA